AUGGACAGAUACGAUCGACAAUUAAGGUUAUGGGGUCAUGGAGGACAAGCUCUAUUAACAAAGUCCACUGUGUGUCUGAUAGGUCCCAACAGUUGCUUACUACAAGAAAUAUGGAAAAUAUUGGUUCUAGCUGGUCAAAGGAACUUUAUUUGGGUAAUUGAAGAUGGCAAUGAAAUCGACGAUAAUCAAUUCUUUUACGAUGAUAUUGUCAGAGAUCUCUCAGCUUUACAUCCACAAGGUAUUAUAGUCGAGAAGAAAGAGUCAUUGUGUGAUAUAGAAUGGGUAAAACUUUCUGUAGUCAUCUUAGCGAAUAGUUCCAACAAAUACUAUCUUGAAACUCUUUCUAUGGAGGAGGUUAAACUCCAUUUACCACCUGUUUUUACAGCAUAUGUUCACGGUAUGGUGGGAUAUUUACAUCUUUCAUUAUCGGAGCCAUAUUUUGUGAUGGAAUCUCAUCCAGACAACGUUGUCCCAGAAUUACGAUUGGAUAAACCAUGGCCUGAGCUUGUCAAAUACAUGGAAUCCUUCGAUCUGAAAAGCAUGGAUGAAUAUUCGUUAGCAAAAUUACCUUAUCCUGUAAUACUAUACCACGCUAUUAUUUAUAUUAAAGAGAUUAUGGGUAUUAAUCCAGCUACAUUGACUUCCUCUCAAUUUAGGGGUUACUUGACACAUUAUAUUCAUGAAUUAAGCCCAGGAAAUGUUAAUGAUUUAAAUUUCAUCGAAGCAAAGAGAUUUUCUUAUCUGGCUUUACCAAAUCCUACAUUGCAAAAGAAACUAGAAUCAGUAAUUGAUUAUGCAAAACAAUCUUACAAUUUAUGUACUGAUGAGUAUAAUAGGAAUGUGUCGAUAUUAUUACAAACUUUGGAAAUAUAUCUUAAAGAGAAUGCAAACAAUCAUUAUCCUUUGCCAGCUAGGAUACCUGAUAUGGAGUCAAGUACAGAAGAAUUUAACAAGAUCAAAAUGGUGUAUGAAGGAGAAAACAUGAAAUCCCUUGACAGAUUGAUGGAAUUGUUGCAGGAGAAUAAAUAUGAUAUCCCGAAAUCCCUACUGGAAGUAUUUUGUGAUAAUAUUAAAAAUAUUCAGUAUCAAGAACCUUCUACUUAUUCCAUUGAACGAAGUUUAUUUAAUACCUCAAAUCGGCUACUACGUGAUUUAUUAGAAUUACAAUAUGGAUCAGCAAAUAACAUUAAGAUGGAUGAACAUAUGGAAAAAGUUCUCUCUUUAAACUCAUAUCCGACAUCUACAUUUAUUGGUGGAGUUGUGGCACAAGAAACGAUAAAAUUGAUAACACAUCAAUAUAUUCCCAUAAAUAAUACAUUCUUAUUUGAUGCGUCAAAGAAUGAAUCUACUAUACUUCGAUUAUGA